AUGUCAUUUGUGCAGCUCUGGUUGUUGAUGCCACUCUGCCUGCUCACCCUGAUUGUGGAAGACAGUUCUGCCACAGAUGUCCAGCCGCACUUCGGUAUACCCUGGCAGCAGAGAAGAAGUUGUGAAGAGUUGCCUGGUUGGCAGGAGGCUCUGCUCCAUCCAAGCUGUUUACAUGUGGCGCGUAGUGCAUUACGACUUGGGGGAGUAUCCUGGCCUCAGGUGAAGCAGAAGGCUUUAGAUGCUCAAAGAACACCAGAGACUCCGCUGUGUGCCGAGGCGGUCUUUGAGCAUUUGGGCGGCAAGCAGACGACCCCGGAUCGACUGCUGGCCGAUGAAGGUAGCCUUUGCACUGCAUAUGCAGCAUUGCUAACCAAUCAGAUGUUACAGCUCCGUUGGCACGAGAUUCACGCUGAAAGAGAGACCCGCUGCUCUGAUGCCAUUGCUGGGCUUGAGGUUUACAGUUCCCGGCGGCAUGAGGCAGCUCUGAGCCCAGAGCCUACCAGUGUUUUGCAUCUUUCACGAAGACCUGCGGGUCUGGGCUCCAAGCGUUUCUUGGCAUUAGCAGAUGCGAGAUUAAUGAGUCCAUGGAGACGAAAAGUGAAGCCUCGAUGGCAGAAAGUCUGGGACUAUGCGAAGAAAAUGGCGGAUGGUGAGCAAUUUCCGCCAGUGUCAAUUGCAUGGAGGAAGGAGCUGCAGGAAUGGACCUGGCGGGAUGUUUCUGACGGUGUCUUACAAGGAUCCCAACUGAAAGCAGGACUACAUCAGGACUGGCAGCUGGUGGCCAUCGGGCCGUGCGGCGAGCGUGGUGCAGUCCUGGCAGAUCAGCCGAUGGCGAAGAUGACUUGCGAGGGAGACCUUGCGGAUGUGGCUUUGCCAGGUGCUAGACCCGAGAUCAAUGACAGACAGAAGUUGUCGCACAGUGGCAAAGACAUGACAGAAGUCAAGGCCUGGAUUCGCCUGGAUCACAUUGAGACCUGGGGCGACGUGUUCCCUGCCGUUGAAAUCAACUCAUUGUUCCCUGGAUAUCCCUGGAUAGGAGUUGAUGCUGCACCUUGGGAUGUCACCGGGAGUGCCGAGGGGCAAGGUGCUGCUGGCUGGGUUUUGCCGCUGACGGGACAUCCGAGCAGCAGAGCAGCAUGGCUGGACUCUUUUCAGCAGUAUGUGGGUGAGUUCCGAGAUUUGGCCAAGAGGCCAAGGUCCUUCCUGACACAGGUGCUGAGUUUGGGCUGCAUCGUCUUCUCUGCGCUGAUGCUUUGGAAGGGACUGAUGGUGGUCACCAAGAGUGAAAGCCCAGUGGUUGUUGUGCUCAGUGGUAGCAUGGAACCAGGGCUACAGAGAGGAGAUAUUUUGUUUCUUACUCUCUUUUCAGAGCCGUUCAAACCGGGUGAUAUCGUUGUUUUCCAGAUCGAGGGCAGAGACAUCCCGAUCGUUCAUAGAAUGAUGAACGUACAUGAAAAGGCAGAUGGAAAGCUUGCUAUGCUCACAAAAGGUGACAACAAUCAGGUAGAUGACAGAGGUCUAUACGCUGCAAGGCAGCUAUUCCUCAGCAAGAAAGAGAUAAUGGGUCGGGCACAGGCCUAUUUGCCUUAUGUCGGGAUGGUCACCAUCUGGUUGAAUGACUAUCCGUGGCUGAAGUAUGUGCUCAUUGGUUCUAUGGGCUUUUUCGUUUCUGGGCCGCAUGACGUGGGCGGGUCAUUCAGAGCUGUUCAGCUUGAAGUAUUCAAGGGAAGUGGGAAAUCUAUGGAAAUCUAG